AUGUUAAGGGAACUUCGCCAGAAAUAUCCGGCUUUGAAUCAUUCUGAAUUCAUCGUCUUCGUACAAAAUGCUUAUGAAGCUGUUAGAAUUGGCAGGAAAGUAGAAUGGACUUUUUUAAAUGCUUCCUUCUACGUGUUUACCAUCUUAACAACGAUAGGUGAGUUAAUCAUGAUUUCAAAACUUAUAGAGGAAAAGUACCUACCAAACACAACCUUUUGAUUCGAUAUGGAAAUGAAACGAGUGACUUUGGCAUAAGCAAUGACCACGAAGUAUGAUAUUAGCAGCGUAAUUAGGCUGUAAGGUACCACAAAAUGACUUCUUUUGAACAGAUGUUGGCGAUUCGUCCGAAGUUACUGAAUUCUAGGGAAUAAUAAAUUGUGCUCCUGCAAAUUCGCUUCAGUCAUAAAUCUAUAAAGUCUUGAGGCUCUAGGUGUCAGGUUUUUCGUUAUGAAGAAUUCCUGGUUUACUUUCCAUAUAGAUAAGCAUUCUUUGUUAACAAAACUGAAUCUAUGGUUUCCUUCUUGUACGUAAUGAGCCAUUUUUUUGAUCAUCUUACGCUAUGUUCUGUGCUUGUUUGUCUAAAUAUGUCGAAAAGACACCAACAACUCAAAACCUUAUCGAUAGUUUUCUUUUGACUUGCUAAGGGGACUUUAUCGUGGGUGCCUAGCCUUGACGUUCCGAAUUUUCUGUUUUUGUACAAAACAUGCAUGAAGUUUCUUGAAUUUGAAGUAAAGUGGAAAGGAUUUUUUUCAUUGCUUACAUCUACGUAUUUACCAUUUUAAUGACAAUAAGUAAGUUGAAUCGAAUCUUGAGGUUCCUAUUAGAAAUAAAGAUUUUCCUAAAGGAGAAUUUUUAUUCACCAUAACAAAAAGUAUAAUUCAAAAACGAAAUAAUCAUCGAGAUAAGAGCUUUGAUUACAAGUAUGACAUCAUUGGUACAAUUGAACGGUAUGGUGCGUAUACUGGAAAUUAAAGCUGCGUUUCUGCAAAUUUACUUCAUCUUUAAAAGUGAAUAGACCGACUGAAAGUUCUCGUGUGACACCUAUUCCGACUGGGAAGAUUUUAUUUGUUCUUGUAAUGCGAUUAUUUGCUUUGGAAUGCUUUCCAGGUAUACUUAAACAACGCUGUUUGUAAACAGCAUGUUUUCGUCCUUUUGCGUGAUAGUGCUUUCUUUUGUCAUUAGGGUAUGGUCACAUGACUCCAGACACAGACCUGGGCCAACUAAUGACCGUGCUUUAUGCUUUGGUUGGUAUACAAUUAACCAUGCUGGCCCUGAAGACAAUGGGUGAGAUUAUCGCCAAUUGCAUACGGUUGCUUAUUUUAGGAAUAGAGAAAUUGUCAUUCAGAGUCAAACAGGUUCACAGAAUCAGACUUAAAACAUUUCUUGGAACAUGUGCGUUAAUGAUUCUGUUUCUCGUUCUUAGAAGCCUUGUAGAAAUUUACAUUGAAAAGUGGACCUUUGUCAGGGGUAUAUAUGCGUGGUUUAGCAUAAUUUCGACAAUUGGAUUUGGUGAUUACAUCCCAUUCCAGUACAUAGACCAA